AUGGACAGCUGCCAAAUAAAGCCGCCCUCAGGCUUCGGGUCCAUCGAUGGUGUCUCGGCGCAUCGACGUGAAACCGGGAAUGACGGAUCUGGGAAAUCCUCCCAAGUUGCCACAUCGAUCAACAAUGCCUGGCCAAAGGAAUACAAAUGUACCGAAUUUGAAUGUUUGGAUACAGUGGCAGGGUUAUUUGGCUUCAGCGACGAGGAACAGCUGCAACGUCACAUGCUCGAUCACACUUUCCCGGCCUUGUUGGAUGGAAAUACGCGCCAGACACCGCUGGAGUCCAAGAUCGCGCAUUGGACUCCGCCUCUGGACGCCAGGGGCAUGCCCCGCAUACCGGACAGUACCUGGAAAUUCGACGGUCUGGACAGUCCAGCCGGGCCCAGGAACCAGGCCAGGGAAGGAUGGGAACCUGAGGAGCCCACGAGCGAAGAGGAUGCAUCCCAGGAGGAUUUGAUCGAGGGCCUGGAAGGCCUAGGCCUUGGGAUAGACGGGGCCGAUGUAGGCGGCUACGACGGAGAAGGCUAUGAAGUCAACCUCGAAGGCGACUUGGACGAAGACGAUUAUUCGGAGAGCCAAACAUUCCCCCAGGACGUAGAAUCUCACUUCGAUCCACUAUCAGGGCAGAUGACGCCGGUACUGACGAACAUCCCUCACGUACCGUGGAUCACGGUUACGGCCGCACAGCCACAGGAUGGAGGACCUCGUGGAAAUCUUGAGCAAGGCUCUCAACACCGACGUUCUGGACGUGAUUGA